CGGUGCCAGAGCGAGUGCAGCUCCACAAAGAGCCGCGCGCGGCCCGGUGGCGCAGCGGGGAGUCGGCAGCAAGACCCGGGAGGCUCCGCACCGGCAGCCGCUGGUCACACCGCACGACUACAUGCUGUCGCUGUACUGGUCCCUGAGCCGCGGGGCCGGCAACAGCAGCGCGGGGCGCGACGCGGCUCAGGCCAACACCGUCACCAGCUUCGUGGACAGAGGACAAGACGAGCGUGGGCCGCCGCUCCGACGGCAGCGGUAUCACUUCAACGUCAGCUCCCUGGAGCGCGACGGGCUCCUGGGGGCCGAGCUGCGCAUCCUGAGGAAGCGCCUGUCCGACCCCCGCGGGGUCUCGACGGGGUCCGCGGCCACCGACGGAGGCGCCGGAGGAAUCUCGUCCGCGCGCCUGAAGCUGUACACCUGCGCUUCGGGGAAACAACCGGCGGUCCCACUGCAGACGAAGACCGCGGAGGACCCACUCGGCGGAUUCGGCGGCCGAUGGGAAGUGUUCGACGUGUGGAAGAUCUUCAAGGGAUUCAAAAACCUGCCGAACCAGCAGAACCAGCAGCUGUGCUUCGACCUCGAGGCCCUGGAGCCCCGGGGCGGUCGGCCCGUGGACCUGCGCUCACUGGGCUUCGCCCGAGCCGGCAGGACCACCAAGGAAAAGGCCUUCUUCCUGGCGUUCGGCAAAAGCAAGAAGCGCGACCUCUUCUACAACGAGAUUAAAGCGCGGUCGGGCCACGACAACAAGACCGUCUACGAGUACCUGUUCACCCAGCGGCGUACGCGGCGAGCUCCCGCUGCCAGGGGGGCCAAGAAACCUCUGCAGCAGCAUCCGCCGCCACCGCAGACCCUCCCCCAGCACCAGGUGGCGAAGAUGCAGACGAGGCCGCGGUGCCACCGGAGACGACUCCACGUGAACUUCAAGGAGAUGGGCUGGGACGACUGGAUCAUCGCGCCGCUGGAGUACGAGGCCUUCCACUGCGACGGCGUCUGCGACUUCCCCAUCCGCUCGCACCUGGAGCCGACCAACCACGCCAUCAUACAGACCCUGAUGAACUCGAUGGACCCGGAGUCCACGCCGCCCACCUGCUGCGUCCCGACCCGGCUCAGCCCAAUCAGCAUACUCUACAUCGACUCGGCCAACAACGUGGUCUACAAGCAGUACGAGGACAUGGUGGUGGAGUCGUGCGGCUGCAGGUAGCGGAGGAGCCUCUGGAGGUCGGAUCCAAAGGAAAUGGCCGAGUGGCCCGCCGGCCUGCAGGCCGCAGACCGCCGGACGCUGAGAAGGACUGAGCAGGGCGAGAUGAACUCGUGGGCCCGACGCCCUUUGACCUGAACUCGUCUGUGACGUUGCCGGCGACGAGGCCGAGAGAAGCCAAAAGGAAACCAGAGACACCUUUGGAUUAAAGUUGUGAUCUCGUGUUGGAUUCGAAACAGACCAGAACUGCUUUAGUUUGCUCUCUUCUGAUGUGUACCUGUGUUCUGAUUGGUGUAAACGGUUUGUGUGUCUUGCUAUUGAAACAUUAGAGAAUUAUACUCAAAAAUGCCCUUUUCUCCAGCACUUCAGACGCAACAAUGAGGAGUCGCCUGCGUUAUCCAAGACUCGUUCACCAAGCAUGUGAAGAAUCUCUGAUGUAUAAAUACAGGCCAGUGAUGAAGUGCAAAUCUGACCUGCUCUGAAUGUGGGAAAGUUGCAUAAACUACUCUUCAAUAAAAAAUGUCUAAUUGUCUGAGCUCCAAACUCCUAUCAGUCCAAACCUCUGCCCCCAGCUCCGUAGACUAAAGUAUCAGAGGAAUCCACGAGACGGUCAGAAGUUCACAGUUUAACCCCAGAGUCACCGUUGGUUUAAAGUGUUUUUCAGGUUGCUGCUACAAGAAGGUACAAGAGGGUAAAAGAAGGUACAAGAAGGUACAAGAGGGUACAAGAAGGUACAAGAGGGGACAAUAAGGUACAAGAGGGUACAAGAAGGUACAAGAAGGUACAAGAAGGUACAGGAAGGUACAAGAGGGUACAAGAAGGUACAAGAAGGUACAAGAUUCAAGAUUCAAGAUUCAAGAUGUUUUAUUUGUCACAUACACACACAGGGUGUGCAGUGAAAUGAAAGUGGCAAUGCUCAGCAGGAAUGUGCAAGGGCAACAAGUACACACUAUUUACAAAUAAAAAACAACACAAUAUUUACA